GGGGAACCUGCGCGGUGUAGCAGUGAAGGACGGCCACGACGGUGAUGGAGCACAGUGAGGAGGUAAUAGAAAAUGGACAAAGUCUCGCCGUGAAGACACGAGCUAAGUGAUAGCAAACAGCGACGUCAAGUAAUGGCCAGUUGCCUGCGGUGUGCGUGGAAGCAGCCGGAAUGUUCCCGUGCGCAGUUGCUGAUUGGCGCACGGGCUCUCGCCGCAUCAUUACUCACUCACUGCCUCAGCCUGCCUGCAUAUAAACCAGCCUCUCCCCUCUCUGCCUUCUUCCUCACACCACUCUCACACCCCUCCUACAGCCCACUGAUAAGCUGUUCUACCCAACCAACACUACACACACCACAAGACACAGCACACCGCAAACAUGCAGAUCUUCGUAAAGACCCUCACCGGCAAGACCAUCACGCUCGAAGUCGAGAGCUCCGACACUAUCGACAAUGUCAAGAGCAAGAUCCAGGACAAGGAGGGAAUUCCCCCGGACCAACAGCGCUUGAUCUUCGCCGGCAAGCAGCUUGAGGAUGGUCGCACCCUGUCCGACUACAACAUCCAGAAGGAAUCGACCCUGCAUCUCGUCCUCCGCCUUCGUGGAGGUAUGCAGAUCUUCGUCAAGACCCGUAAUCACCGGCAAGACCAUCACCCUUGAGGUUGAGUCCUCCGACACCAUUGACAA